AUGGCGAACCUGAUUUUCAAACACUCUAGCGCGCCGCUGCGCACCAUCCAAGAAAUCCAGUUUGGGCUUUUCUCGCCUGAGGAGAUCAAGGGCUUCAGUGUGGAGCACAUCGAAUAUCCUGAGACGAUGGAUGAGCAAAAGAUGCUGCCCCGUGCGAAGGGCUUAAAUGACCCGAAGCUCGGCUCCAUCGAUCGAGGUCGCUCUUGCGCUACUUGUGGCGAAGACAUGCAAGAGUGCCCAGGUCAUUUUGGUCACAUAGAACUUGCCACGCCUGUCUUCCAUGUCGGUUUCAUCACCAAGAUCAAGAAAGUUCUUGAGAGCGUGUGCACGACCUGCGGGAAGGUUCUGUCAGAUGAUAGCAAGCCGGACUUCCGCGAUGCUCAGCGCAUACGAGACCCGAAAAAACGCUUCGAAGCCGUCUGGCGUGCAUGCAAGGAUAGGAAGAUCUGCGAGCGUGAUGAGAGAAACGACUUCGAGGCUGAUCCUGACGCCCCGCAGAAAAAGACACCAAGCCAUGGAGGCUGCGGGAGCAACCAACCCAAACUCCGGAGAGAGGGGUUGAAGCUAAUGGCGACAUUCCCCGCGUCUAAGGGCGAUGACGACGAGGACCGG